AUGAAAUCGAAUAACGAUUAUGCCGGCCCUUCUGUUGGAAAUUGGAUUUCGAUCACUAACGAUGUUGAAGUCGCGGAAUUUCGUGGACCUGUGUUACCUCAAAAUGUUCCAUGCAAACUAUAUAUAUUGAGGUGUUUUUCGCAUAGUAGUAGUAGUAGUAGUAGUAGUAGUAGUAGUAGUAGUAGUAGUAGUAGUAGUAGUAGUAGUAGUAGUAGUAGUAGUAGUAGUAGUAGUAGUAGUAGUAGUAGUAGUAGUAGUAGUAGUAGUAGUAGUAGUAGUAGUAGUAGUAGUAGUAGUAGUAGUAGUAGUAGUAGUAGUAGUAGUAGUAGUAGUAGUAGUAGUAGUAGUAGUAGUAGUAGUAGUAGUAGUAGUAGUAGUAGUAGUAGUAGUAGUAGUAGUAGUAGUAGUAGUAGUAGUAGUAGUAGUAGUAGUAGUAGUAGUAGUAGUAGUAGUAGUAGUAGUAGUAGUAGUAGUAGUAGUAGUAGUAGUAGUAGUAGUAGUAGUAGUAGUAGUAGUAGUAGUAGUAGUAGUAGUAGUAGUAGUAGUAGUAGUAGUAGUAGUAGUAGUAGUAGUAGUAGUAGUAGUAGUAGUAGUAGUAGUAGUAGUAGUAGUAGUAGUAGUAGUAGUAGUAGUAGUAGUAGUAGUAGUAGUAGUAGUAGUAGUAGUAGUAGUAGUAGUAGUAGUAGUAGUAGUAGUAGUAGUAGUAGUAGUAGUAGUAGUAGUAGUAGUAGUAGUAGUAGUAGUAGUAGUAGUAGUAGUAGUAGUAGUAGUAGUAGUAGUAGUAGUAGUAGUAGUAGUAGUAGUAGUAGUAGUAGUAGUAGUAGUAGUAGUAGUAGUAGUAGUAGUAGUAGUAGUAGUAGUAGUAGUAGUAGUAGUAGUAGUAGUAGUAGUAGUAGUAGUAGUAGUAGUGUAGUAUGUAGUAGUAGUAGUAGUAGUAGUAGUAGUAGUAGUAGUAGUAGUAGUAGUAGUAGUAGUAGUAGUAGUAGUAGUAGUAGUAGUAGUAGUAGUAGUAGUAGUAGUAGUAGUAGUAGUAGUAGUAGUAGUAGUAGUAGUAGUAGUAGUAGUAGUAGUAGUAGUAGUAGUAGUAGUAGUAGUAGUAGUAGUAGUAGUAGUAGUAGUAGUAGUAGUAGUAGUAGUAGUAGUAGUAGUAGUAGUAGUAGUAGUAGUAGUAGUAGUAGUAGUAGUAGUAGUAGUAGUAGUAGUAGUAGUAGUAGUAGUAGUAGUAGUAGUAGUAGUAGUAGUAGUAGUAGUAGUAGUAGUAGUAGUAGUAGUAGUAGUAGUAGUAGUAGUAGUAGUAGUAGUAGUAGUAGUAGUAGUAGUAGUAGUAGUAGUAGUAGUAGUAGUAGUAGUAGUAGUAGUAGUAGUAGUAGUAGUAGUAGUAGUAGUAGUAGUAGUAGUAGUAGUAGUAGUAGUAGUAGUAGUAGUAGUAGUAGUAGUAGUAGUAGUAGUAGUAGUAGUAGUAGUAGUAGUAGUAGUAGUAGUAGUAGUAGUAGUAGUAGUAGUAGUAGUAGUAGUAGUAGUAGUAGUAGUAGUAGUAGUAGUAGUAGUAGUAGUAGUAGUAGUAGUAGUAGUAGUAGUAGUAGUAGUAGUAGUAGUCAGUAG